AGCUUGCGGUGAUCGCACGGGUUUUUCUUCCUUCCUGGGAAAUUCGAAUCUUCGGAGUUCAAUAGCUGUCUUUGGGUUUCGGAACUUCAAAGCUAAAAGAGUUACUCCAGGGGUUCGGGUCCGGCUGCAAAUUAGUUCUCUAACCUUUCCGAGGUGUGGCGGUUAAGUGAUGCGGAUUUUUUUUCCGGUCUUAGAGUUCUGAUAAUCAUUGAUAUUCUGAAGAUGAAGCUGUCUAAGCCAUUGGAGAGAAAAUGGUAGAAACAAAAUCCAAGUACCGACAAAAAAGUGGGCGCUAAGUGGUUAACGUGGGCAAGCGACACCUUCGUGAAACAACCAGAAAAAAAAAGUGAAAAAGAAGAGACGAAAAGCUGAUAAAAUACUCGUAAAGCAAGUGGAUUUUUAUGUUGAUUUUGGUGCGUAAAAUAAAAGGUUAGGGUGAGAAUAUUAGACACCGGUGAGUUAUUAUAGUGUUGAUCAAAAGAUUACCAGUUUGGGUUUUGGGGAAAGGGAAUACGCUAUAAAAAAAAAGGGAGACGGCUUAUCAAGUGAUGUCUGCUGCCAGGGAAUCUGUCUCUGGGUGCCUUUAGCACAUCAAGCGUUCGAUUAAUUAAUGUAGCCGGGAUUUUAUUGAUGCUGCUGACAGAGAAUAAAACGAGCCGGAAGUGAUCGUCGGUAGUUCAUCUCGUUUAUUCAAAUUGUGCUGCUGUAGAGUGAAUCCAUCGACGUCGAUGCAAAAUUGAACUAACUACGAUGUCUGACAGAUCGUUGAUUUUCUGUAAAAACGAUUGAACUUCCGGUUGGGGAAACGCCUGUCGCCGUCGUUGGUCCUUGAUCCUACGCACCAUCACCCCUCGACAAGCUUCAAGAUUUGAGCUGCCCAAAGCCAUCAUCAGCCUCCUCCUGAUCGGCAGGGACCGUACGCGCUGCCACAAGGAAUGGGUCACCGGAUGUCGUCGUCGAAUGCCGCCAGCAACAGCCAUCGACAUCAACAACGGCAUCGACGGACGAAAUUGAACCGUUUAUCACUGCCGAAACGUGUCCCCGGGGGCGAAACGAGGAAAAAUCGCUGAAAAAUAAACAAACAUCAUAAAAGUGUUGUGCGAGAAAGACCGUUGUAUAAUUUUUUUGUAGUGGCGCCAUAGAGUGGAAAGUGUCGGUUCCUUUAAUUUUUUUUAACGUUGAAUUGCCGCACUGUGCGGUGGAAAGAGGAAAUAUGGACGAGAGGAAUUUGUCGAAAAGGGCAUAUGAAUUGAAUGAAUUCCAACGAAUGAAAAUCAUUAUCAAUGCAGAAUAAUUAAUUCCGUUGUUGGGGGUUUCAGCUGAAUCACAAAUUGGUGGAUUUUUUGUUCGAUGCUUCUGCAUUGAUAUGUCAUUCGUAAAGUGAUUGCACGGAAAAGUGUACGUGACGCGUCGUUGGCGUCGUGGGUUAAUUGAAAGUGUUGAAUGUGAGGCAUUGCGAAAGUGGCGGGUUCAAUGACCGGAGGCGAUCUGACAGGAUUUGUCGAACAGUUCGGUUUCUACAGCAGUAACGGCGAAUACAAUGGCAGCAUCUAUGAUGAUCUUGCCUGGAACGAAACUCAUCGGUAUAUCAAAACUAGAGCGGAGGCUCAACUGGACGUGACCUAUGCCGUUUUUGAGGGCCUGGUUGCCCUGAUGGCCGUUGUUGGCAAUGCGAUGGUAAUAGUGGUAUUCAAACGGGAACGAAGACUUCGCAGACGGACUAACUUCUAUAUAGUUUCACUGGCUGCGGCUGAUUUUUUGGUGGGGCUUCUCGGGGUACCUUUCGCAGUACUGUCAUCGGUGGGGCUUCCCAGAAAUCUACAUGCAUGUCUCUUCACCAUCUCACUGCUGAUCGUACUGUGUACGAUCUCUAUCUUCUGUCUGGUGGCCGUUUCCGUUGAUCGGUACUGGGCAAUUUUGCAUCCGAUGGCGUACUCGCGAAAUGUUCGUACCAAAACUGCUAUUGUGAUCAUCAGCCUUUGCUGGCUAGCGGGAUCUAUCAUAGGCUUCCUACCGCUGUUCGGGUGGCACGAAACGCCCCAAGAGGACACCUGUUUGUUCUUGAAGGUGAUGGAUUACGACUAUCUGGUGUUCCUGUACUUUGCCACAAUCAUAACACCAGCUUUGGUCAUGCUGGCUUUUUAUGCCCAUAUUUACCGAGUUAUCGUAAGACAGCUUCGUCAAAUUGUGACAAUGAAUCCUUCUGGGGGUCUUUCCUCAGACAGUAGGAGAAGCUCGGAAAGUAGCCGUAUCAGAGUUUCCACAAUGAAAUCUUGCAAAUCUGGCCGUGGUGGAACGAUGCUUCGGGUAUUGGGAGCGGCUCAAAAACGAGAAGUUAAAGCUACCCAAAAUUUAUCCAUUAUCGUUAUGUUUUUCAUGGUCUGUUGGAUUCCGCUGUACACAAUCAACUUCAUCGUGGCCUUCUGUCGAGACUGCCGAAUCCCUUCGACGCUUAUGUUUUUCUGCAUCAUCCUCUCACAUCUGAAUUCAGCAGUCAAUCCACUGCUUUACGCCUACCAUCUCAAAGACUUCCGGGCUGCUCUGCGCAAUUUGAUCAUGAGUAUGCUCGGCUAUGACGUGACAACGCAGGAACUCAACUAUCGAGCAUCGCUGGCCAGCCAACAGCAGCAAUUCGCUCAGCGCCAUUCUAUAGUGGAUAAACGCUUGUCAUUGCAGCCGAAAGUGUAUAUCGAUUCACCAGUAUAUCAUCGAACCCAGCAGCAGCUUCGUCAGCAACAAUCUAAAUUGCUGCAGCAACGUUCCUUGGAGCGCUCCGAGAGUGGAGCAUCGUUCCAAAGCUUCAACAAAAAACGUUUGAUCAGCACAACACGGUCGGAGCCAGGAUCGCCAAAUGUGAUCGUGAGCAAUUCAGCUGUCAAUGCCAGCCCAGCCGGAUCGACUUGUUCUAGCCCCUCACUGCGAUAUGAAAUGUCUGCGGCUGGUGGACUUUUACUGGACGUCACCGCGAGUCAUAGAGGGAAAUACGAAAUGUGGGGUAUUGCAGAAGUAUCCAGCAUCAACGAGGACAGUGGCCUCCGAAAGUCGUUAGAUAACGUUGACGACAAUGGAGACGAUCGAAAAGAUAAUGACGAACUCGCCGAUACCAUUUCUGUUGAAGUUGAGAUAUCAGAUUGCCGGGAAAAUGAAAUGAUUGAUUAUCCUUCCGAUAGAGAUCAACUACCACAUCUAUGCUACCGUUUAACCGAAGAAGAUCGUAAUUUAAGCUCACUCUACAACAUUGUGAUGUCUAAGCGAAGAAGUCACAGUACUUGCUGCAUUUUAAAUGUCCCAAGCUCUAACGAACAACACACUUUUGAAUGUGUAUAUUUGAUAGAAAGUCAUUCACCUACUAGAAUACUCCAAAGCCCGAACAACAACGUUGUGAAUAAAACAAACCAUAUAGAAAAACUUUGUACAAAUCCACAAGUAUGUAGUCUAAGUCGAGUAGAUAAUGAAAAUAACAAUUGCAAUCAGCACCAUUAUAGCAAACAUGCAUCUAGUCCAAACUUUUCCUCGUACUCCGAGCAAUCUGGUGACUAUGAGUCACCUCCAGUCAGCAAAUCUUUCUCACUCUUUAACAGUGCUAAUAAUGGACAGAGCUUGCGGAAAUCGCAAGAGGGUGCUCAUGUAGACGCCAAGGCAGCAAACAUCCCACCGACAACACAUUCCAGCCUUUUAAAGUCGUUUAUUACCGGUAGAGGAGCUGAUGCGCCACAAAUACAGCAUCGGAUACGUAGUUUUAAAUUAAACAAACGAUCACAUUCUAACGAUAAGUAGAAUCUGCAGCCCGGUUUACCGAAUAUCGUUGUUCUAUUUGAAUUAACUUAGUUGCUGAUUCUCUAGAUUUCUCAUAACGUAUAUAAACUAUUUUUGAUAUUCAAAAUCAAAUCUUUUCAUCUCAGAGAUCUAAGGAAUCUUAUAACUGCAUUCAGGGGCAAACGUAAUGGCGUAAGUGUAAUUCAUUGAUGUAAAUAUCAAUUUUGAAAAAAAAAAUAGAUCUUGAAAUGGAUCGUUCUAUAUAAAACCGAAUUAUUUAAAUGAAAACAGUAUAAACGUAUUGUGA